UUUGUUUUUGACAUUCAAAAUUAAAAUCAAUAGCAAACUUUAUUAUCAUCAAAAAUAACACUGAUAUUGAUAUAUUUCGAAUAAAAUUUAGUCCUAUUUGGUAAACUAAUGGAUAUAAGAAUAAAUAAACAAAUUUAAACAAUUAAUUGCUUGAACGUAUUUAAUAUGGUAUGCAUGUCAUCCUUUCCUUAUGACGAAUAUGCACACUUUUUAAUUUGAGUAACAUUUUUCUUAUCAAAAUAUUUCUUUUUAUCUCGACCGAACAUUUAUGUCCACAUUUAUUUUGUAUACAGUUUUCUUUAAAGUGAGUGGAACAGAAAAAUAGUGUUAACUUCUAGACAAAUCAGUGUUACAAAUUAAAAUGCUGAACCAAUUCUCAAGGGUAUUAUUUAAACAAGCUGUGACUCAUUCAAGAAGAAGGUUGUCAAAUUCACAAAAUUGCUACAAAUCCUUCGUAAUAAAGGAUCAUUAUGACUUUGAUCGUAAAGUAAUCAACAGUGAAAAUCCAGUAAUAGUAAAUUUUCAUGCUGAAUGGUGUGACCCGUGCAAAAUACUUACUCCAAAAAUGGAAGAGUUGCUUGGAAAUUCUGAUGAAAUUGAUCUGGCAGUUAUAGAUGUAGACUCUAACACAGAUUUGGUGGAAACUUUUGAAGUAAAAGCUGUGCCUGCAGUAUUGGCUUUCAAAAACGGAGUUGUUGUGGAUAAGUUUAUUGGUCUAGUGGACGCAAAUAGUAUAGAAACUCUAAUACAGAAACUGAAACCAACUAAAAAUUAAAUUUAUAGAAAAAUGUUGAUGUAUUUAGAAUUAAAUAUUUUUUCAUAUUCUAAAUAAUUUAUAGAUUAA